UAUUCUCAGAACUCUUCCCAGCUAUGCCACAAAUUGGAAAAGUCGUUGGACUGAGGAAAGGAAAUCCUUCGGUUGUCUUCACAGGAGAGGAGGAGCAGCAUCUUGCGCAAGAACUUCAGUACGCUGUUGUGGGCAGGUCUAACAUCUCUCCUCCAUUGAAUGAUCUCCACAGAAUCCUCUACUCCAUAGGAUUCAAGGCGUUCUUAAUCAAACCCCUCUCAAGCUUAAUCCCUAAACCCCACAUCACCUCCAAUGUUCAUCCCAAUACCACCCCCAACAUUUGUCCUGAGCUCCUUAACCUCAUGGACCUUGACCCAACCCCUACUCUCCCAUCUGGCAGUCUGGACGACACCACCUCCCCAGAGGUUAUUAACCAUGACCCAACCACUACUAUUCUCAAUAAUCUUGGCUUUCCAUUGCAUGACACUAACAGUGAGGAGGAACUGGACAUCCACUGCCACUCUGAAGGGGAUGAUGAACCAUACAUCAAAGGAAACCUUGAACCCUUCAUCCUUAAACCAACACUUAAAUGUGCACAGGUCUCCCUCACCCCUAGGAGGACCAGGAAAAAGAGAGUGUUCCCACCAAGUGGCGUCCAAACGAGAAGCAAGUGUCGUGGCCAAGGAGCUUUACCUCCCUUAAUCCCCAAAUGAUCCUUCUCUUUUGGAAUGCAUGUGGGAUUGCAUCCUCUAUCACAAGGCUCCAAUCCCUAACCAAAACCUUCUCCCCCCCUUUCAUUGCAGUUUUUGAACCUAUUGUCAAUAGCAUCAAAAUAUCCUUCUACCUUCUAAAACUUGGUUACAACUCCUAUGAUACCUCCCCUACCAACAAAAUAUGGAUCUUCUG